AUGUGGAGAGGAAAGUUAUCUCCUGCCGCCUGCCUCCAGAUGCUGCUUCUCUUGAGAAUCCUAGGUGCUACCACAUUACAGAAAUUUCAGAAAACUGGUGAAUCCACCACAUCUGACCCUUUAGUCCUCCUUAUUUCCCAUGAGCACACUGCUCUUGAUUCUGCACACAGCCCCCUAGACCCCUCUAAAUCUAUAGAAAUCCAUAAACCAAAACACUACUGCAAUAUCACACGUUAUCUCAAACCUAGUCACAAGCCUAUAGAACAGUCCCAAACUAUAGACCACAAGAACUCUACCACUCAUCAAGGGGUUCCUACUACUUCUGAACAAAACCCUAGGAAUCAAGGAAAAGGCACAGUUAUCCUGAAAGGACGUUCUAUUCAUUCUGCUCGCCCCAUUCACAAUCAUAAAUGGACUUCUGAUACAAAAUCUACAACCCGAAUAUCCAAGAGGAACACAGCUUCUCUCAAGUUCACCAUAACAAAACCAACAAUUAGAGGAAACUCAGCAAAAACUUUGGAAAAGAUCGUCACUACUUUCGGUAAUAAAAGCACAACCUCAUACAAUGCUAUGACUUCUUUACUCAACUCAGUCAAUUUAAAGACAAGGAAACAUCCCACAUCUUUCUCAAAAAACAUUCAAGGGAAAAUGAGGAAAGUUCCAGGAAAGAAUACAAUAGCCACAGGGACAUCAUACAAGGUUACAAAAAACAAAGGAGACACAAGAACAGCUAUUAAUUCCAGAACUAAAUUUCCCUCAGACAAAACUUCCAGAUAUCUAACAAAAAACACAAAGAAGACCACAUUGGCUUCUGAGAUGAUCAAGAGAGCCACAGCGAAGACCAAAAAAUAUCCAAGUAAGACCAUUUCAACCAGUAAGAAAAUCACAAGACCUCUAGUAAAGGUCACAAAAUACCCAGAAAAGACCUCAUCGAUCCUUAAAAAGACUAGCAGAGCCAAACCAAAGACCCCAAACUAUCAAAACAAGAUCAUCUCAGACAAUAGAAAGACCACAAAAACUUCAGAAAAGACCACAUCAAUCCUUAAGACCAGAAGAGGCAACGGAGAGACCAAAAAAAAUUUAAACAAGACAAUCUCAGCCAAUGAGAAGACCACAAGAACUUCAGCAGAAAUUAGAAAAGCCAAAGAGAAGAGCAAAACCCCUCAAAACAAGAUCCUCUCAGAUGAGAAGACCACAAGAGUCUCAGGGACAACUACAACCUCUGAGCCCACCUCAGCCUCUGAGCCUAUCACAUCCUCUACUGCAUUUUCUAGGUAUACUGUAUCAUCCAAGACAUACUUACAGGACGGCAAAGCCUCCGUCAAAGACUCAGAGCCCACUACACUCAAGAGAAUAUUUUCUAAGACCAUCACGUCCUCUUCCAUAACGUCUGAAACAACCACAGCCCCAGGGACUACUGCAGUGUCUGUGUCCACCCUGAGCUCCACACCAGGAUCUGAGAGCGUUUUACCCACCAACGUCUCCACCACUGCCUACAUUUCUGUCUUUGAAACCAUCACAGACUCCCAGACUAUGCCCAUCAUGGCCACCACGACAGCCUCUGAGACCACUUUGUUCUCCACCACAGCCUCUGAAACUGCCACAGCCUCCACCUUGGCCUCUGAAGCCAUCACAGAUGUUGAGCCCUCUGUAGCUUCUACCAUAGUUUCUAGGGCCAUCACUUCCUCCAUAAUAGGACGUGUGCCCAAGACAGUCUCCACCAUAGACUCUGAAGCAAACCUGACCUCCACCAGAGCCUCGGAGAGGACAGUGUCCUCUACAACAAUGUCUAUGAUCACUAUGUCCUCCAAUAGAACCUCUGAUAUCACAUUAGAACCUGCUAGUAGCAUGGCUUCCACCAUAGGCUCUACAACCAUCAUGCCAUCCACAACAGCAUCUGUCACCACUAUAACCUCCACCCUAGGCCCUAAGACUACCAAGUCCUCCAUACUUUCCACAGCCUCUACAUUAAACCCUGAGCGCCCUCCAAAUUUGCUCACUUUUACAGUGCCCACUACAAACAGCAUCAGAGUUUCUGAGCAUCUGACUGCCUCAACCACAGACUUUAAGAACACCACAGUAUCUACUUCAACAUCCAUGCCCACCAUGUUUUCCUUCACAGCUUCUGGGGUCACCAAUGCUUCCACCUCACCUUCUGUACCCACCACCGUCUCUAGUGUCACCACAGACUUCACCUGGGACCCAUCACCUAUUUUGGCUUCUACCACAGUCUCCAUCAGCAUCUCCGGACUCUUCACAGCCUCUGACAGCACCUUUGUGUCCACAACCAUCCCAGAUAUUAGGACCACUGGGAUAUCUGUCCAUGAACCAACCACCACUCCUGAAACCAACACCACCUCCCGUAAAAUAAGCUCAGACACCACAGACAUAAACUGGCUUAAUGUGAGCCACACAUCAACAACCGUGGUUAAAGCCAGUAGAUGUUUAGAGGCCUGGAGCAUCGCCCUCACGUCUCUGGCUGCGGUCGUUUUUGGUGUUGGACUCACAUCAGCCAACACUGUGUUGAGUGGAACUUCGAGUGGGACUAGCUCACCCGUCAACGCUGGAUCCGGUACAACCUCUGGUGAGACUAGGACAUCAGCCAACACUGUGUUGAGUGGAACUUCGAAUGGGACUAGCUCACCGGUCAACGCUGGAUCCGGUACAACCUCUGGUGAGACUAGCACAUCAGCCAACACUGUGUUGAGUGGAACUUCGAGUGGGACUAGCUCACGGGUCAACACAGGAUCCAGUACAACCCCUGGUGAGACUAGGACAUCAGCCAACACUGGGUUGAGUGGAACUUUGAGUGGGACUAGCUCGCCGGUCAAUGCUGGAUCCGGUACAACCUCUGGUGAGACUAGGACAUCAGCCAACACUGUGUUGAGUGGAACUUCGAAUGGGACUAGCUCGCCGGUCAACGCAGGAUCCGGUACAACCUCUGGUGAGACUAGCACAUCAGCCAACACUGGGUUGAGUGGAACUUCGAGUGGGACUAGUUCACCGGUCAACGCAGGAUCCGGUACAACCUCUGGUGAGACUAGGACAUCAGCCAACACUGGGUUGAGUGGAACUUCGAGUGGGACUAGCUCACAGGUCAACACUGGAUCUGGUACAACCUCUGGUGAGAGUAGCACAUCAGCCAACACUGAAUCUGUCACAACCUCUGUUGAUAUUAGCACAUCAGUCAAUCCUGAGUUGAGCAGAACUUCCGGUGGAAUUGUCACACCAAUCAACACUGAAUCUGAUACAGCCUCCAGUGAGAGCAGUACAUCAGCCAACAUUGGACCUUCCAUAACCUCCAGUGGGACUAUGACAUCAGCCAACACUCGACUCAGUACAACCUCUGGUGGAACCAUCACAUUGGCCAACACUGGAUCUGUUACAACCUCUGGUAGGACUAGCACGUCAAUCAACACUGGAUCAAGUGAACCCUCUAGUGGGACUAACACACCAAUCAACACUGAAUCCAGCACAACCUCUGGUAAGAGUAGCCCAUCAGCCAAAACUGGAUCCUUUAUAACCUCCAGAGGAACUAGCACAUCAGUCAACACUGGGUUGAGUACAACCUCUGACAGGGCUAGCACAUCAGCCAACACUGGGCCGAGUGGACCUUCCAGUAGCUCUGCCACACCUACUCCAACUAGAACCCAAGUAACUUCCAACAGGAUUAGCACAAGUGCUGCCACUUCCACUAAUGAUGAGAAGCCUAGUGGAUACCUGAAGCCAUGGGAAAUCGUCCUCAUUACGCUGGUUUCAAUUAUAAUGGCUGUGGGACUCUUUGGUGGUCUCUUCAUCUGUGUGAGAAAUUUCCUGUCAAUGAGAAAUGCCUUCAACACAGCUCUUUACUAUCCUCAUGGUCCCAACCUUGGCUCCGGUCUUGGAGGAAAUCAUGGAGUCCAUUUCAGGCCUAGGUGGUUCUGGAGGAAACCAUUAUCUUCAGUAGCCAUGGAGUUGAGUGGACGAUACAAUCAUCCCUGA